AUAAGACAGGAGGUAACCAUAACAACUUCUAAUACAAAUACAUACACAUUAGCGUAAAAGUAUUCUAGGAGGAAAGUGUUAAAGAAAUUAAUUGAACCCUUUUCAAUUGGUAAAGAUUUGGUCAUGUCGACGGACAGUUCAGAUGGCAAUGCGUGGGUGUUUGACUCUCUUGUGGGGUUUCUACACGGUCCUGUAUGGAAUGUCCCAUUGCAGACUUUUAUAGAAGAGAAGUCUCUGCCUUUUGAGCCUACGGACAAUGGGGAUAUCUUGGACAGGCCAGAAUACAAGAAGAUUCAUGAUGAAUAUCGGAAUCUGGUAGAUGUGAUGCUCGGAUCCUUCAUGGACGACAUCGGAAUCUCCGCAGACCAGUUCGAGGCUGCAUGUCGUCUGUCCGCUCGUGAUCUGGCCGGACUACCCGCACAGUUCCACCGGCGGCUGUUUGAGCAGAUCUGGGCUGCCAACGACUACGAUAUCUUCGUUAAGAUGAUGACGCAUAAAAAUGUUGAGCUGCAGCUGCAGGCACUAGAGUUGAUCGAGAGGCGUUUUGGAGCAUUGCCCAGCAUAUUUGCAACCGUACCGGAAGACCUGGAGACGUCCCGAAGCGACGAGAGCGAAGACUGGCCUGAUCCUGACGAUGUCAUGACUGAGAUUAAAAAAUUACAACUGGAAGAUUUCGAAGAUAAUGCCGUCGUGAACGUUCCUCCUGAAGAAGUGGUUGCUGAAAAGCAAACCCUUUUAACCAAAGCAUCCAAGCUUCAAAGCUUUGAAAAGGAGGAAUACACUGAGAAAAAGAUUAAUCCGCCAGAACCCACUAUUCUGGAACCCCCAAAACCCGCACCGAAGAAAGUUGAGGUAAGCGAGGAAGAAAUCCGUGCGCGCCAAGAAUACUUGAAGCAGCAGCGAGACAAACUUCUAGCACUGAAGAAGCAGGUCCGCGAGAAAAGGUUGGGCGCCGCUGAAGUUGGAGCUGAAGGCAAAGGAGAUGGCCCAAGCGGCCAAGCACGGCCCCGCUCUGCGCGCGUGGCGCACGCCGCGCUGGCCGGCGCGCCGCCGCCGCCGACUCCGGACGCGAUGCAACUGCGCAAGGCGCUCGCCUCCAAACUGAAGACUGAAGUCGUCGAUAACCAUUAAAUCUGACUGUACUUUUUGA